AUGCUAUGCUACCGAAUAAAUAAUCCAACAAUAUCUGCUCUUGCUGAAGACAAUCGAAACGAUGUCGCAUCAAAUAUUGUGGCACUUCUUUGCGGACUUAUCGCACAAGUCCGUCACCUCACUGGCAUAACAGCUGAACCGUUAUUUCUCCAGCGUAUUACUCAUCUUGUCUAUAAUUUUCGUCCCGAUAUUGUGACGAAAAUCGAUACUGUUCGGGCUUUUCAUUGUGGCACAAAAUUUUUCGUGGAAGUUGAUAUUGGUUUACCAGGCUCAAUGCCUCUGGCUAUUGCUCAUGAAAUCGGACAACAAUUGCAAGAACAGAUUGAGAAGCUCGAUGAUGUAGAACGUGCAUUUGUACAUUUGGACUUUGAAUUUACACAUUUACCAUAUAGUGAACAUAAGAUCGUGUAA